AAGAACCUCAAAAGGCACCCCCCUCCCCCAAAUACUUAACAAUGCAAAACCUUUUACCCUCCCACGACGGCAUUAACAAAUCCCCCCCCAGCCCCGGCGGCCUCCUCUUCCCCGCCGGCCAGUUUUCCGGCAGCUAGCAAGCUAAUUCAAUGGGCCUCUGCUGCUCAAGACACAAACAACCAUCAUACGACGAUUAUUCCGAUGACUACUACUACUACUACUACAGUAUCCCGAACCGGGCCCCACCACCUCCUUCGCCGUCACCGCCACCGUUGUCAUCACCUGCGUCGCCGCCGCCUCAGCCAAAGCUGACGCGGUCGGCGACCCUUCCACCGUGUGCCGCAGUGGGGCCCAUUCUGGAGAAGCCAUUAGUGGACAUCGCGGCGUUGUACGAUUUCGGGGCGGAGCUGGGGAGAGGGCAGUUCGGGAUCACGUAUUCGUGCACGGAGAAGUCCACCGGAUUAGCCUACGCAUGCAAGGAGAUCUCUACAAGGAAGCUUGUGGGCAAGAAGAACAUUGAUGAUGCAAGAAGGGAAAUUAAGGUGUUGGAGUACUUGAGCGGACAACCAAACGUCGUGGAGUUCAAAGGGGCGUACGAGGACCGGAGGUCGUUGUACGUGGUGAUGGAGCUUUGCUCCGGCGGGGAGCUGUUCGACAGGAUAACGGAGAAGGGGAGUUACUCGGAGAAGGAAGCGGCAGAGAUUGGGAGACAGGUUGUGAAUGUGGUUCAUGUUUGCCAUUUCAUGGGGGUCAUACAUAGAGACCUCAAACCUGAGAACUUCUUGUUUUCUAGCAAUGAUGAACACUCUCCCUUGAAGGUCAUUGAUUUCGGAUUGGCUCUCUUUUUUGAAGAAGAGAAAGUUUAUAGAGGCAUCGCCGGAAGUGCUUUCUACGUUGCACCGGAGGUGUUGCAGAAUAGAUACGGGAAGGAGAUAGACGUAUGGAGUGCCGGAGUUAUUCUAUAUAUCCUAUUGUGUGGACGACCUCCUUUUUGGGCUGACAAUGAAAAAGGCAUAUUUAAAAAAAUAUUGGGAGGAGAAAUUGACCUCCAAACACAGCCUUGGCCUUCUAUAUCUUCUGAUGCAAAGGACCUUAUCACAAAGAUGCUGUGCAUGGAACCCAAGAAAAGGAUAACUGCAGCUCAAGCCCUUGAACACCCGUGGCUGAAGGAAGACGGCAAAGCAACGGAUUUACCAAUGGAUAGUGCAGUUCUGAGCAGGAUGAAGAAAUUCAGAGCAAUGAACAAGAUGAAGCAGCUUGCUAUGAAGGUAAUUGCAGAGACAUUAGCAGAAGAGGAGAUUAUGGGGCUGAGAGAGAUGUUCAACAAUAUGGACACAGAUAGGAGUGGAAGUAUCACAUGUGAAGAACUCAAAACUGGGUUAGCCAAGCUUGGAUCUAAACUCCCAGAGGCUGAAAUUCAACAACUGAUGGAUGCAGCUGAUGUGGACAAGAAUGGAACCCUAGACUACCUUGAGUUCAUCACUGCCACCAUGCACCGCCAUAAGCUUGACAAAGAAGAUAACUUGUUCAAGGCUUUUCAACAUUUUGACAAGGAUGACAGUGGAUACAUUACAAGAGAGGAGCUUCGACAAGCAAUGAGUGAAUAUGGCAUGGGAGAUGAAGCCACCAUCGACCAAAUCCUUCAAGAUGUAGAUACAAAUAAAGUAAGUAUAUAGUUGAAGCCUAUCAUCUUCUUCCACUAUAUAGAGUUCCUUUAAGUAUUAAAGACACACCUGAAAGCCACCAUUCUUUGUUGAUAUUCUGGCUAUGCAGGACGGGAACAUAAACUAUGAAGAAUUUG